AAGGAGGGCGGUUUGAAAGCAAAGAGGGAAAAUGUUUUAACAUGUUUAAAAUACGCCAAAUUUAUUCACAAGAUUGACACAUUUCCGUGCUGUCAUUAAGACGCUUCAGCUGCGGGUUAGCCGAGCAUAGGCGCUAAUGUAUUUUUUUACUUUUUAAACGGCUUAUCUAGUUUUGAAUUAACUUGGUGUGCCAGGUUGCUGCUAACUAGCUAGCUGCUGCCUCCGCUGCAGCUGCUAUUUUGCAGCUGCUGGCUGUCGUUUACUUUACUCUCUGUUAAAUGUUGACCCAGCGCGCUUUAGCGUGGAUGGAAACGCGCUGAAGAUGGCGAGUGUGCACGAAAGUUUGUAUUUCAAUCCUAUGAUGACGAACGGAGUGGUCCAUGCUAACGUAUUUGGCAUUAAAGACUGGGUGACUCCGUAUAAAAUCUCCGUGCUGGCGCUGCUGCAUGAAAUGACUGCCUCCAAGAUAACGCUGCCAGAGAGAAGGCGACUUAACAAGCUCAUUUUACCCCUGCAGCAGGGUCCAGACCUAACUCUUGGCCAGUUCCUCAAGACUGUGGAGGAGCGUUGCCCUCAGACUGCAUAUGCUGUCAAACUGAGGCUACAUGAAAUGGCAGAUGGAGAGCUGAAAGACAUGGAGUACUUCUUUUCUACUCUUCCCACUCCUUUCACAGCUUUUGAUACUGAAGCUUAUAAAACCAGUGUAGUAGGUCUUUUUAUGAGACACAUGCUUCUGGCCUACAACAAGCUAUCUUUCAGUCAAGUUUACAAGCUGUACAAGUCCCUGCAGCACUACUACCACAGUCACUAUGCCAAGCCUGUGGAUGGCCAGGUGCCAGCCUUGGUCGCAGACGACUCAGAGAUGGACCUCACCAGCAUUGACGAUACUGUAGGUGACAGAGUGGACAAGGAGGAGAUGGACACCGCACUGCACGAGUCAGAGCUUCAAAGUGACAAUACUCCAAGCAGAGGUCCCCUCUCACAAAAACAAGCAGAGUACUUUCUUGCAAGACAGGCAUAUCUACUAAAGAAUGAUGAAAAUAAAGCCCUGAAACCCGCUGCUCUGCAGGAAGAGCUCAACAACAUGCUGAAAUUUAACCCUGAUUUUGCUGAAGCGCAUUAUCUCAACUACUUGAACAGCAUGAGAGUUCAGGAUAUCUUCCUGUCAGCCCACAGUCUCUUACAUUAUUUUGAUCGCCUCAUCUUGUCUGGAAAUGAUGGAAAGAGCAAUGGGGACGAGGGCUAUGGUCGAAGUCUCCGCUACGCUGCUCUUAACUUGGCAAGCUUGCACUGUCGCUUCGGCCAUUAUCAACAGGCAGAUCUGGCUCUACAGGAGGCUAUCCGGAUUGCCCAGGAGUCCAAUGAUCAUGUGUGCUUGCAGCACUGUCUGAGUUGGCUCUACACACUGGAACAGAUGAAGGGUUCUGACAGCACUGUGCUAACUGAGGAUUCGGUGAAAAUGGCUGCCCAUUUCUGCCUGCCGUACUUGGCAUCUCUGGGCAUUCAGUCAUUGGUCCAGCAGGGGGCGACACAGGGUAAAACAGCACACAAACUGAUGGAUGCACUGAAGGACACAGACAUUCUUCACUGGAAGCACAGUCUGUCGGAGCUGAUCGAGAUCAGCCUGGCUCAGACUACGUCCAUAUGGAGGAUGUACGGAAAGAGCACGAUGUCUCUGCAGCAGGCCCAGCUGCUUCUCAACAUGAGCAGUCUUGAGCCAGUUAACUUCGGAGUCCAACAGAACAACACAGAGGCCUUCGCUGUGGUUCUCUGUCACCUGGCCGAGCUGCACGCUGAGCAGGGCCUCUACGGGGCUGUUUCAGAGAUUAUUCAGCAUUUGAAAGAACAGUUUCCUCCUCACACACAGCAUGCCAAGCUCUGGAUGCUUUGUGAUCUGAAAAUCCAGUUUGAGAGACACAUGAAUGAAGGGAAAUACCAUUUAGCAGAGCCUCUAGUCACAGCUAUCGCUGCCUUAAACCAAACGGAAGGUCUUUACAGGAAAGCUCAGGUUUUGAAGGCUCUCAAUCGCAGCACUGAAGCGUAUCACAUUUUACAGCAGCUGCAGGCUCGCUGUGAGAAGAUUAAAUGUACAGAGAUGGUUAUCAGAGUGAUGCUGUCCACCGCUGAGCUCCAUUGGGAGUCGUCUGGCUUCUCCACAGCUCUUCCUGUCCUCCUGCAGGCCUUGGCUCUGGCUAGACAGCACCAUCUCCAAUCCUUGGCCUCAGAAACCAUCCUUCACCUGGCCUUCACUCAGCUGAUGUUGGGGGUUCCUGAGCAGGCUCUGUAUGUGCUGCAUGAAGCUAUCGAACCUAUUCUGGCCCACAGAGCAGUCAUGGACAAAGGUCGCGCCAUGCUGCUGGCAGCUCGCUGUCAGAUGGCGGUGGCUGGGUUCAGGCCAAACAGACAAGGGCAAGCAGAUUUGCGUUUGGCGGCUUCAGCUCUUGACACUCUAAACGAGGCCGCCACCUAUUUCACCCAGCUGAACUGUAAAGAGCGGCUGCGGGACGUCCGCUAUCUGCAGGCUCAGCUCCACCACUCUCUGGGACAAACCUUGGAGUGCAACAAAACUGCCAUGCUCUUCCGGCUGCUGGACCAGGAGCUGCAAUCACCGGCACCGCCCGUCUCCAUGCGACUCUAAACUGCUCCCCCUUUCACCACAAACGGAAUAACUGCAAUUCACCACUAGAUGGUGGUGAGGCUCUUUCCUGUGUUCUCCUAGCACUAAAACAUUUCAUUUGACUGUUUUGAACCAGAGGUGUUUGUGAAACCUUUCACACGGAGUAGCAGGAUGGUAACUACAUGUAACAUGACACCAGCCAUGAAUAAAAAUGAAUU